GAGGAGGUGGUGGUGCGAAAGGACGAGGCUUGGGUUCCCUCGAUCGCGCGAUAGCCCAUCGUCGAAUAAUCUGAAAGAGGACGCUCGGUUAUGACGGCGAAAUCGGGUGGUGGAGGGUUGUGAUGAUGGUUUGACGAUUUUCUUCCUAACGUUCGUGUUCGUGGACAUUUAGUCGAAUAAGAAGAACGAUAGGGGUUGAAAGUUACAUGGGGUGUUGUUUGUCACGGUCACGGGAUUUUAGAUCAUGACAAUUGUUUUCGUUUCUGUGAAAUUAUUAUUAAUAAUUAUAAUAGUAAUAAUAGGAAUAGUAAAAAAAAGCGCGACCAAGUGGAACCUUUUUCAAUUUCAAUCAAAAUUCGGAGCUUCGAAUUUAACGUAGAAGACGUGUUUUUACGAAAACUUUCAAUAAACAAACUAAUUUUUGUCUUAUUCGUGGAACAAUCAUCUCUUCUACGAGAAUUAAGUUUUUGAUAUCGGUGAUUCGAAGGUGGACCGGAAAAAGAAGAAUAAAAUCUGCCAUAAUGGCGCACGACACUAUUACGGGUUCUUUCCCAAGGAUACAAUUUUGGAUGAUCACAAAUAGUCUGCCGAUUUUAUUCCUGCUUAUCGUCGUACCUCAGGAGAGUCACGGUGGUGAACACGAAAAACGAUUAUUAAAUAACUUAUUAUCAAAUUACAAUACUUUGGAACGUCCAGUUGCAAAUGAGAGUGAACCACUGGAAGUCAAGUUUGGGAUUACGUUGCAACAAAUUAUCGAUGUGUCGUGGACCGAUUAUAAUCUCCAGUGGAAUCAAACGGAGUAUGGUGGAGUAAAAGACGUCCAUAUAACACCGAACAAGCUUUGGAAACCUGAUAUCCUCAUGUACAAUAGCGCGGAUGAGGGUUUCGACGGGACGUACCAAACAAACGUGGUGGUCGCGCAUAACGGCAGUUGCCUGUACGUCCCACCGGGCAUCUUCAAGAGCACAUGCAAGAUAGACAUCACUUGGUUCCCCUUUGACGACCAACACUGUGACAUGAAGUUCGGAUCCUGGACCUACGACGGCAACCAGCUCGAUCUGGUCCUCGAGUCAGAGAAGGGAGGUGACUUGUCCGAUUUCAUCAUGAACGGGGAAUGGUACCUCAUCGGUAUGCCUGGACGAAGGAAUAGGAUAGUGUAUAAGUGUUGUCCGGAGCCGUACGUCGACGUGACGUUCACGAUACAGAUACGCAGGAGAACGUUAUACUAUUUUUUCAACCUGAUCGUGCCCUGCGUCCUGAUAUCGAGUAUGGCCCUAUUGGGUUUCACAUUGCCGCCCGAUUCCGGAGAGAAGCUCACCUUAGGAGUGACGAUUCUGCUGUCGCUGACAGUUUUCCUGAACCUCGUGGCAGAAAGCAUGCCGACAACCUCGGACGCUGUACCUUUGAUAGGGUCGUACUUCAAUUGCAUCAUGUUCAUGGUGGCUAGCAGCGUCGUCUUGACUGUUAUGGUGCUAAAUUAUCAUCACAGAACGCCCGACAGAUACGUCAUGCCUAAUUGGAUCAAAAAGCUGUUCCUACAGUGGCUGCCAUGCAUAUUGUGCAUGAGCCGUCCUGGCAAGAAGAUCACGAAGAAGAGUCUCUUGGUGACCAAUCGGAUGAAAGAACUCGAGUUACAAGAGAGAAGCAGUAAAAGCUUAUUGGCGAACGUCUUAGAUAUCGACGAUGAUUUUCGUCAUGGAAACAGUGCUGCCAAUCCAGCUACCGGUUACAUAAGUAGGUCGGCGUACGGCACGCCAUUGUCCGGACGACCGGCUACGGUCGAAGAAACGUCGGCAUCUUUACCUUUAAGUGGAAUGCAAAGAGAACUUCAUACGAUUUUAAAAGAAUUACAAUUUAUCACGAGUCGUAUGAGAAAAGCCGACGAAAAUGACGAGGUGAUUAACGACUGGAAAUUUGCUGCCAUGGUAGUCGACAGGUUGUGCCUGAUCGUCUUCACGUUAUUCACGGUGUUGGCCACGGUCGUAAUACUAUCUAGUGCGCCACACAUAAUCGUCCACUAAUAGACUGCCCGGUCGAGACACCGAAUAAAUGCACAAAAACGUCGCUUAAGUAGCGCCUCCUCGAAUUUGAAGCAACGUUCGUGGGACGCGUGAUUUGCGGGACCGAUUCUACCACUAACAAGAAAGAGAAAAAGAGAAAGAAAAAGAGAGAGAGAGGAAUAGAAAAAUUUUAAGAAAAAGUGACAAA